UUGCGUCUCCAAAGCACAAGAUACUUGCGAUGACUCUGUUGACUAUAUAGAAAAAAGUUGUGCAGGGAACCCUCAUGGGGAAGAUAUUUCUGAAAGGAAUGCAGCUUUAGUUUCACCUCUGCUACCCUCAAAUACUCAGAGAAAGAACAAGUCUGUUCGUUUUGAAAGAGAAACUGACUUGGCAUCCUACGGAAGAUCAUCAAACGAUUGGCAUAUGAAAGAAAACAAAUCACCAAACAAUCAAAGUGCAUAUAAACAAUCUCCUUAUCCUACCCCGUUAAAGUUAUUCGAUGAGAUGCAAACACCAGGAACUGUGUAUCCUACAUCAUUAGAAGAGUUACGUAGUGGUAAGGCUCAGGUUCGGUCUCAGUUUGUCUAUCCAACUAACAAUCGAGGUGAUAAUGUCUUUCGAUGCAAAAUACUAGAGGCCGGGGAUUUUAGUUUCGAAGAAGAUUCAAGUGAGCUGAGUAAUUUGGUUGACCAAUCUCAAAAUGGAACUCCUACUCCAGAACAAGGGUUGAAGAAAAUUUCAGAUGGAUAUGACAAUGAGGAGAAAUCGAUUUUGUCUGCUAGAUUAACUCCUCUGUCAAUCAUUGAUGAGCAUUCUCCCAUUUCUCUUAAGUGGUGGUAUGGCAAUGGCAUCCCGAAUUCCACAACUAAGUACAAGGAGGACCAGAAAGUAAAAUGGCAUGCAACCCCGUUUGAAGAGAGGCUGGAUAAGGCACUGUCUAAGAAUUUUAUAUCUCAAAGGAAGCUUGUUCGAGGGAAACCGGUGGAAUUUGACGACAUUGAAGAAAAUGAUAGUGCAUCGUCUCAGCGGCUAUAGUCAAAAGUCAUGUUUUAUGCGAUGUCAUUUUGGUAACUGUAUAUGUCCAUCUCAUCUUAUUGUAGUAUCUUAUCUGGGAAGUAAUUCAAUAUUCUGGAAACUAAUUGCUAAUAAGCUGCAUUCAGUAUGCUGAUUGGUCUGCAUCAGCUGUUUAUUAUACAAAUUUUGCAUUACCGUAGAAACUAUCUACCAGUCUGCGACAAUAGUCUCAUCCCUGCGUAAGCACUAACGACAAUACUUUCCUUCUCAGGAAAAUGAGAAAGCUACUGAAUUGUUGAAUAAAAAGGGUGGCGGCUUCUUUUAA